CACAAUUCUGAUGGCCGACACUUCUAGUACCUCCGGUAUCACCAGUAGCACCGCCGCUUCUACGACGGCAAACCCACCGGAAUCCAAAAGUUGGGCAGACCAAGUCGACGAGAUCGAUCAAGCUGAGCAGUCGGCAGACCAAGCUGAGCAGUCUUCCGCUUCGAACGAAGAAGGCGCUACUGCCGAGAUAAAUAUCGGAUCUUUACAAGUCGAUGAGUCCAAAAGAGAAAACUCCACUCUCUCUGAGCCGGAAGAUUCAAGCAUACAAGCGGUUACAUCUGGCGAUACUAUGUACAAAUCAGCGAAGAGAUUUGAGGAUUUGAACUUAUCUCCUGAGCUAUUGAAGGGAUUAUAUGUACAAAUGCAGUUUGAGCGUCCUAGCAAGAUUCAGGAAAUUAGUUUGCCUAUGAUUCUUACGCCUCCCUACAAGAAUCUUAUUGCUCAGGCUCAUAAUGGUUCUGGUAAAACUACUUGCUUUGUGCUUGGGAUGUUGAGUCGGAUUGAUCCAAAGCUUGCUGCCCCUCAAGCUCUCUGUAUCUGUCCAACCAGAGAAUUGGCUAUUCAGAAUAUGGAAGUGCUAUUGAAGAUGGGGAAGUUCACUGGCAUAACAUCAGAGUUAGGUAUCCCAGCAGAUUCUGCCAACUAUAUUCCAAUUUCGAAACGGCCGCCUGUCACGGCACAAGUAGUGAUUGGCACACCUGGGACUAUAAACAAGUGGGUGACGGCAAGGAAACUGGGCAUGAGUUGUAUGAAAAUUCUUGUGUUUGAUGAAGCGGACCACAUGUUGGCAGAGAGUGGUUUUCAGGAUGAUUCCAUAAGAAUAAUGAAGGCAAUCGUUAAAGCCAGCGCUAACUGCCAGGUGCUUCUGUUUUCUGCAACGUUUGGGGAAAAUGUCAAAGCAUUUGUGACAAAAAUUGUUCAAGAUCUUUUUGUGCAAGAUUACAAUCAAAUGUUUGUGAAGAAAGAAGAACUUUCACUGGAUUCAGUGAAGCAGUAUAAAGUGCAGUGUCCGGACGAACUUUCAAAAAUCAUGGUGAUUAAAGACAGAAUACUAGAACUAGGACAGAAGGUGGGGCAAACAAUUAUAUUUGUUCGUACCAGAAACAGUGCAAGUAUGUUGCAUAAGUCAUUGGUUGACUAUGGCUAUGAAGUGACAACAAUUCAAGGUGCUCUUAGGCAAGAAGACAGAGACAAAAUAAUCAAGGAGUUCAAAGAUGGAUUGACACAAAUUCUUAUAUCAACUGAUCUUCUUGCUCGUGGAUUUGACCAAUCACAGGUUAAUUUGGUGGUUAAUUAUGACCUCCCUGUGAGACACGAGAGUCCAACAGAGCCAGAUCAUGAGGUAUACCUGCAUCGGAUUGGUAGAGCAGGACGUUUUGGACGCAAGGGUGCGAUAUUCAACUUGCUGUGCAGUGACAGAGACAACAUGCUAAUGUCAAAGAUUGAGAACCAUUUCAACCAUCAAGUGGCUGAGAUUCCCUCAUGGAGUAAUGAAGAAGAUUUCGAAAAUGCUCUGAAGAUAGCUGGCUUGCUGUAAGCCGAGUAGAAUGUUGGUUAACAGUUCUCAGGAGAUAUGCUCGCUCGCUCUACUUAUUUCGAUCUUUCCACUGUUGAGUUUUGACAACAUCUAUAUAUUUCACUGAAGCAGCAUCAGCAAUAUAGACUCCGUUUAUAGUGAUCGAGUUUUGUCCAGUCUGUAUUUUUUUCUUAAUGUCUUGUUAUAUUCAUCGACUUCGAGUAAAACAACCGUGAUGACAUUUGUAUAGUUGACAGAGCAGUGCUCCUGAAAGGCUUUUCUUCUUUGAUUGCUGUCAUGCUUCACUUACCAUUUCUGGUGUUACAAGUUCUCAAAAUACACUGUCAAAAGGAACUAAAUUUUUUUAGAUGUCACAUGAACAUGUGACGAAA